CUUUACUUCUGAAUCGCUGAAAGUAAUCCUCCAAAAUGAGAUCUUUAGCUUUAUUUGGUUUCACUUUGUGUGUAUGUUUGUUUGGGACUGAAGCCAGAAUUUAUGGAAGGUGUGAAUUUGCUAGGGCACUAGCAAAUCUGGGAGUGCCAAGAAACCAGAUACCUACUUGGACCUGCAUAGCCCAAAAGGAAUCCAACUUUGACACCGCUGCACGUAACUGGAGUUCUGGAGAUCACGGUAUCCUUCAGAUCAGCCAAAUCUACUGGUGCACCGAAGGUGGUGGACCUGGUAAAGGUUGCAACACAGAAUGCUGGAGGUUCAGGGAUGCCGAUAUCGUGAAUGACGUCAGAUGUGCGCAGAAGGUUUAUAAUGAACAUACAAGAUUGAGUGGAGAUGGAUUCAAUGCCUGGACCACCUACAAAUACUGCAGAGGUGAUAUGAGCCAAUGGGUACAAGGUUGUUUCUGAAUGUCAAAUUUUUUUUUGAGUUGACAUAAAGAAUUUUAUGAAUGUAUGAUAUGUAAAAAUUUGUGUUAUUCCAUAAAAAAGUAUCAAAACUUGAUAUUGCUCUGAGCUUUCAUUAAAUCACAUAAAAUUAGUACAUGGAUAGGUAUAUAUCUAGAGCAAAUAAAUGAUACAUUCCAUACAUCUUUCAAGAAUGAAAUGAGUUCUUUUUUGAUUUUAGAGAAAACUCAGGGUAAUCACAAUUUGAAUUUGCAAACUAGUCAUUAAUAUUUAAAAACUUCGCUUAAUUAAUACAAUUUCAUCACUGACCUACCAUUUCAAGGAAAUAUAUAUUUGAUAUGAUUUAUACGUCACAGAGCAUUUGUCCUUGGUAAAAUUGUGAUUCGAAAUAGUACAAUUUCCAUAUCAUGAAUAGUAAAAAGAAGUGGAAGUUCAUUCAUUGUAGAGAACGUAUAACUAACUUCCUAAGGUUGUUAUAAAACCGUAACGUAGUGGGUGUUGAAAUAUUUUCAAAUCACUUAAGUAUAAAAGUUGGGAAAAUUCUAAUAAGAAUUUAUAAUAUAUACAAUUCAUGAUAGCUAAAUCUGAAAUUUCAUCAUAUGUUUCCUGUAUAUUAGAGAACUCUUAAAAGAUCACUACGAUGUUACAAAUAAUUUAAAAUGACUGUAUAAUUCAAAAAAUGUUUUUCUUUAUUUCAGUAUAUUGUAGUACCAAAAAUUUAAUUUAAUUUUUUUGUGAAUUGAAAUUAUCAACAAAGUGUGAUCUUCAAUACUGAUCCACAAAUGACUAUAAUAAUUAAUAUACAUUAACAUCA